AAGGGAUGGGAGAGGAGAGCAGGGCUGGUGGUAACUGGGAGUGUUGCAGGUUUCACAUCAGGGAAAUGAAGGAAAAAAAGAAAUAAUAAAAUGAAAAAUAAACCCAACCAAAAAGAAAAGAGCAGAACAAAAGUAAGGAAGAAAAACAAUAAAAUGGACUUACAUGUGGUAAAAAAGAAAAAUAAAACAAGAAAAGAAAAAGAUAAAUGAAAAAAAUUAAAGCAUGAGGAAUAAAAUUAACUGAAAAUCGAAAUAAGGUAAACUAGAAUACAGCAAAAUAAAACAAACUAAUAAUGAAAUAAAGUAAUUGAGUUUAAUUAACACGGGAAAAAAAGCACAAAAUAAAAAUUAGAAUGGCAAUAAAAUAUGAAAAUGAAAUUGAAAGAAUAAAAACACAACUCAAAAACCAACCCCCCGCAAACCAACCAACAGAAUGAGAUGAAAGGAGAUGAAGUGACAUGAGGUGACCUGACACAGGUUUCCGCCCCGUGCCCCGCCCGUGCCCGCACCUCGCCCCUCCCGGCGAUGCCCCCGGGGGUCGGCGGGGCUGGGGGGCUGCCGGUCCUGGUCCCUCCCCUCCCGCAGUCCCUCCCCAGGCGGGGGCAUCCCCGGGAGCGCGGCGGCGGGAGGUGCGACCGGGCCCCCCUAUCCCAAUCUCCGCUCGGGUCCCACCUCCCGCCGCUCCCGCCCCUCUUCCCCUCACCCCCCCGCCCCCCGGCCCGGCCCGGUGCCGUCGGGGCCGGCAGUGAGCGGCGGCCGCGCUGCUGCUGCCGGCGCUGCUGGGCGAGGUCAGGGAAAGUCCAUGUGAGGAGCGGCUGGAAUCACUUCCUGCCGCCGCCGCCGCCGGGACCGCGGCUCCCGCCGCCGCUAGGCCCAGGGCAGCGUCCGGGGGCCGGGCCCCGCAGAUGUGCCCUACUUUGGAUAUUCCUGCAUUGAAUGUCUGAGGAGCUCCAGCCGAUCCUGAGCCAUGUCGCAGAUGUUGCACAUAGAGAUUCCCAACUUUGGGAACACCGUUCUGGGCUGCCUGAACGAGCAGCGGCUGCUGGGGCUGUACUGUGAUGUCUCCAUCGUGGUGAAGGGCCAAGCUUUCAAGGCUCACCGGGCGGUCCUGGCCGCCAGCAGCCUCUACUUCCGAGACUUGUUCAGUGGGAACAGCAAAAAUGCCUUUGAGCUGCCGGGUACCGUCCCCCCAGCUUGCUUCCAGCAGAUCCUCUCCUUCUGCUACACCGGGAAGCUGACCAUGGCAGCGAGCGAGCAGCUGGUGGUGAUGUACACGGCAGGCUUCCUGCAGAUCCAGCACAUCGUGGAGAAAGGGACGGACUUGAUGUUCAAGGUCAGCUCUCCCCACUGUGACUCUCAGACCACCAUGAUCGAGGAUCCCAGCUCGGAGCCGCAGAGUCCCUGCAACCAGCUGCAGUCGGCCUCGGCGCCCUACGUCAUGUCCCCCUCCAUGCCCAUCCCGCUCCUGACACGCGUCAAACACGAGAACCUCGAGCUGCAGGCAGCUGCCCUGCCUGGCCUGCCCGGCAAGCGGCCCCUUGAGCCUGGCGCCCGGGAGGGGACAGGCGGGGGUGGCCCAAACGCUGGUCCCCUGAAGCUCUCCCGCGUCUCCUACUACGGCAUGCCCAACCUGGCCACCCUCAUCCCCAAUGUCCAGCAGGUGCAGUACUCGCAGGGGGAGCGGACGAGCCCUGGUGCCAGCAGCAUUCCCACCACUGACAGCCCAACCUCCUACCACAACGAGGAGGAUGAGGAGGACGACGAGGCGUACGACACCAUGGUGGAGGAGCAGUACGGGCAGAUGUACAUCAAGUCCUCGGGAGGCUACUCUGUUGCCCAAGAGAAGCCAGAGCAGAUCCCACUGGAGAACCGCUCCUGUGUCCUCAUACGACGGGAUCUAGUUGCUCUCCCAGCCAGUCUCAUCAGUCAAAUUGGAUACCGUUGCCACCCAAAACUCUACUCAGAGGGAGAUCCUGGAGAAAAACUUGAGCUUGUUGCAGGCUCAGGGGUAUACAUCACCCGGGGGCAACUGAUGAAUUGCCACUUAUGUGCCGGUGUCAAACACAAGGUCCUCCUGAGACGUCUUCUGGCCACCUUCUUCGAUCGGAACACACUUGCCAACAGCUGCGGAACUGGAAUCCGGUCCUCGACGAGCGAUCCCAGCAGGAAGCCCCUGGACAGCAGGGUUCUUAAUGCAGUCAAAUUGUAUUGUCAGAAUUUUGCCCCGAGCUUUAAGGAAAGCGAGAUGAAUGUCAUAGCAGCCGAUAUGUGCACCAACGCCCGCCGGGUCCGCAAGCGCUGGCUGCCGAAGAUUAAAUCCAUGCUGCCAGAAGGGAUGGAGAUGUACCGCACCGUCAUGGGCUCCACCACAAACAGUGUCCCCCUGGAUCCUGAAUUCCAGCCCAACACUGCUCAGGUCUUUGAGCAGAGAAUCUAUGCAGAAAGGAGGAGCGAUUCAGGAACUAUAGUAGCCUUGAGAACUAACACAGUGAACGUGGAGCUGAGCAACGGAUCCAACCAGUCCUUCGAACAGAGCGAGGAUGCCGAAGGGGCUGGCUCUGUCAUACAGGAGGCAGCCGCCACAGAUCCUCUGGCAUCAGAUACCCAAAGCACUCCACAACCUUUUGAACAAGGUUCAGGCUCCUCCAGCAGGCCUGAAACUCCCGUGAGAAGACAGGAUGGUACUUUCGGAGGGACUUUAUAAAGAGAGCCAAACCUUGCGUUGACCUGUAAGGGAUCUGUAAUACUAAAAAGCUGCUUGCAUGCAUUACUAAUACAAAACAAAACAAAACAAACAAAAAAAAAAUGUGAUCAAGCCACUUACCUACUGAACUGCUACUGUUGCCUGAAAAAAAUGUGAUUUUUAUUCUGCUUGUAUUUAAAAUUUAUGAAGGAAAAAGGAAACAAAAUAAUCGCAUUCGUUAUACUGUAAACAACUACUUAGGUCUGUGGCGACCUACUUAAAACAAACCAACAAA